AUGGCGACUUCCUCGAACGGCGCUGCCAAGUCGGACGAUGGGGUCAAAUUCACCAUCACAGUCCAGUGCAGUGUGGGGGGCGAGAAGCGAGCUGUGUCAUAUACCGUUUUCAAGCGGACCCUCAUGAGCCAGGUGUUUGACAGCAGCGUACAGUUUUUCAAGCUGGACCCCGCACAGGUGAUCCUGGUCGUCAAAAACAAAGUGGCCCUCACGCAUAAAUGUGUUGAGGACUACCGGCUGGCAGACAAAAGCAUGCUGGACUUGAUUCACCUGAAAGAGGCCCCGACAAUUGAGUUGACGUUGAAAGACCAGGCUGGUAACAGCAAAUCGAUCACGGCAUCCACCUACCACCCUCUCUCAGACGUCGUUAAGGCGUUCUGCAAGCAGCUAGGCGAGGAAACCGGAUUCGCUGACCUCUAUCACGGAGGCAUAGCUCUCGACCUGGACGCCUCACCCGCAAGCAUCGGCCUGAAGACCGGCGAGCAGCUCUUCUGUUACUGCUACAAAGCCGCCUGCAAGCAGCAUUGGGCGGCGGCUGGCAAGCCAGACCAGGCCAAGAGCCUGCGCUUCAUUAAAUUUUACUUUUCGGACUGGAAAUAUGGCUACAAGACGUUUCCGAUCUUCCGCCACGACAUCAGCACCCCCAUGGAAGUCCUAAUUAAGACAUUCUGUGCCUGGCGGGGCCUCGAUUACGAGCAGACGGGCUUUUUAUAUUCGUACACGUACAAGCAAGUCCAGCAGGGCGAUACCGCCACAAGCAAGGCGCUGGCGGAUGGUGACACAAUUCUGGCGUACAGCCGGCAGGAGCUCCAGGGCCGGCUGUGGGACGCCAUUUUGGCGGGAUCCUGCGCCCAGGUUCUGGAUCUGUUGGACCAGGGCGCGGAGCUGUCCACCAGCAUAGGGCCCGAGGAGUGGGGCAAGCACCCCCUCCAUGCGGCCGUGGCCAACGGCCAUGUCGAGCUGGCAGCCUCCCACAGGCAGUACAUCAACAGCAGCAGCAGCAGCAACAGCGUUGGCAAGAGCAGCAAGGAGGAAAGGGAGCUGUGGGGUCGCCUGGGCUGCACCAGCAGCAAGCGCGGUCAGGAGGGCCAGGAGGGGCAGGAGGGCCAGGAGGGGCAGCGCGCGGUGGUUCUUCUGGUGGCAGUAGUGGGCCUUGCGGUAUCAGCGGAUCAGCUCAAGAACCGGGACUUGGGUCUCCUCCCUCCGCGGCUGGAUUACGCGAGCGACCCGCCGUUAUGGCACGCGGUGGAGAACAACCUGGUGGGCCUUGUGGAGUUGCUGCUGGCUGCGGGGGCCACUGCGGCAGAUCUGCCGCCCAAGGAGGGCAGCAGGGCCAAGGACCAGGCAGGGACGGGGUACUCGGCCUGCCCCCACGCGGCUCGCAAGGGCCACGCGGAGACGCUGCGGGUGCUGCUCGCGGCGGGCGCCAACCCCUGGCUGCCUGACGCGGACGGCUACACAGCCUACGACUACGCGCUCGAUCAUGCGAAGCCGCCGGCGGUGGUGGCGGCGCUGCUGGAAGGCGAUCCGCGGUUUGGGGAGAUGCAGCGUGGGUUUCAGUCCGCCUACCAGCGCAUGUGUCAGAUGCUGAAGCGCACUCAGCGCUACCCGGCCCUGGGUUGCCCCUGUCGGAGCUGCAACAGCUUGUUGGAGAUACGGGCGCCGGAGACGGAGGCCAGCAGACUGGUUCGCGAGCAGAUUGGCUGCGUGGCGCUGGUUCGCGCGGUGCAGGCUGGUGGGGCCCACUGCAUCGAGGUGAUGGAGCUGCUGCUCAAACACGGGGCGCUGCUGGACGGGCAGGACUACGACGGCCGUACGGCGCUCCAUCAGGCCAUUCGCUACAACCGCCUGGCGGAGGCUGCUUGGCUGGGCUCCAAGGGCGCCCACCUGGACGUACCCGACUUCGAGGGGCUGCUGCCGCUGCACCAGGCCGGCUGCUCGGGCUUCCUGGAAGUCACGCGGCUGCUAGUCAACGCGGGCGCGCCACUCAACCUGCACACCAUCAAGUACGUCUCCCAGGAGGCGCUAGAUGCGCAGGCCAAGAAGCAGGCGGAAGGGCACCUGGGGUCCAAGAAGGCCAAGCGCAAACAGCAGCAGCUUGAUGUCUCCGGGCUGACGACUAUUGGCGGGAACUCGCCGCUGGCCCUGGCGAUCCGGCACGGCCACGGCGCGAUAGUGGAGUACUUGCUGUCGCAGAACGCCGUGUUUGAUCUGAAGAACGCGGCGGAUGGCUCGGCGUUCCAUGCGGCCUUGGACAAGGGAAGCGCCGCGAUUGCUGGACUGUUGCUGCAGCAUAUCAACAAGAAGGCUGGGGCGGGCAGUGGUGGGGGUGGAGGCGGAGGAGGAGGGGGGGGAGGGGGUUGUGGGAACGGCAGCGGCGGGUCUUCUCGGAGCCCGACCGGAGGGAAAGGGGGAGGGGGGGGAGGGGGAUCGGCACGGGAGCGAGAGCGGGAGAAGGAAGGGAGGCUUAGCAAGAAGGAGGCGAGGCGGGGUGAGGCGGCGGGACGGCAGCCUGCAUCAGAUCGGGACAAAGGGGAGGCCGGUGGCGGGAGAGAGGCAGCGGCGGCGGCGGGGGCGGGGGCGACGGGUACUGGCGGCGGCAGCGGCAGCAGCGCAGGCGGGAGUGAAGGGGGAGGGGAGGGCGGUGGCGGGACGGGAGGGACGGCGCCGGCGGAGCCGCUGGUUGCGGUCGACGCCGGCGCGGGGCUGCGGGAGAUGGUGUCACGGGAAAGGGAGCGGGCCCGUCAGCAGAAGGGGCUCAGCACGAGCUCCACCUGCUCGGUAAGCGGCGGCAGUAGCAGCUGCUCCUCGGCGGCGGCAGUAGCAGCCCCCGUCGAGCCGAAGCCGGUGCUGCCAAUUUUUGCGCGUAGUGGCGGGAGCUCGGCGGCAGCGGCAGUAGCACAGCGGCCGCCGCCGCCGUCGGCGGCCGUGCGGCCACCUGUCACCACAGGUUCCGCCAGCGGCGGUGGCGGCGGUGGCGGCAGCGGCGGCAGCUCAACAGCUAGCUGCAGCAGUAACAGCAGCAGCACUGGCACGACCCUUGAGGAGAAGCGUUCCGCGGGCAGCAGCAGCUUGGGCAACUGCAGUACCAGUGCCACCACCACCUUCGAUGUGGGCCUGUCGGGACCGUCAUCUAGCUCUAGCGGCGGUGAAUCGACUGCCUCCUCGUCUACAUCCUCGCCGCAGGUGCCCGGUGGGGAUGAGGUUCCGGCUGUCAAACCUGCCACACAGCCGCUGCAGCAGGACGAGCAGAUACCACCGAUGUCGCUACCGUCGCCGCCGCCGCCGCAGCAGCAACAACAAUCACAGCAGCAGCAGGGUGACCGGCCCGUGGGUUCGUUGGUGUCGGCAGCAGCAGCAGCAGCAGCAGGGCCGAAGGACGGCGUUCCGAAGGAUGAUGAGGUCAGGGUCAGCGAGCAGGGCCACGGAUCGCCUGCGAUGCCGAGUACGGAAGGGGCGAAAGAGGAGAGCGCUACCGCUGCAGCUGCGGCACUAUUGCAGCAGCCACAGCAGCCGCAGCAGCCGUCUGGAAGCGGCAUCAGAUCAGCAGCAGCAGUGAAAGGGGUUGCGGAACCUCCGUCGCCGCUGCCGGUAGCGACAUCGCGACCGCCACCGUCGCCGCUGCCGUCGAUCCUAACACAAUCGGUGGGAGCCGCCGCGCCGGGCGUCACAGCACCACUCGCGCCAUCGUCGGCGGCGACAACGCUGACUGCCUCUGGUGGGGCUGCUUCUGGCUCCCUCGACUUAGCGCUGGGAAAGGAGGAUCCGCACAAGCAGGUGGCGGCCACACCGACGCCGCCGCCGCCGCCAUCAUCGCCAAUGCCAGCACGGCCAGCCGCGAUGGCGGCCAACGCUCAGCCACCCCCCUCGCCCUCGCCCACCACCACCACCACCACUUUCAUCACCACCACCACCACCACCAACAACAACAACAACAGGCCCCCGGUGCGCUCCGUAGGCGCGGUGAGCGCUGCCGACAGUUCCAGUACUCAGAGGCCUGUGAAUGGUACGACGGGCAUUGUUGUUACGAGCGCUUCAUCUGGCGUCGCGCCUAGCGGCGGUGGCGCAGCUGCGUCCGUGAUGAUCAGCCCCAUCAAGGUGAAGUUCCGGGCAAGACCUGUGGAACCCUUGGCAGCGGCAGCGACCGUGGCGCAGCCAACGGCCGUCGUGGCGCCGGCGGCAGCAGCGCAGCCGGCGUCAUCCAAUUCUGCUGAGGCGCCGGCGACGGCCAUGCCAACGGCGGCGGCACCGGCGGCUCCACCGCCACCGCCGCCACCUCCACCGCCGGGCCCCGCCACUGCACCUGCUGAGCCCGCCGUCAUCACCUUUACUAAGACGCGGCGUGGCAAGGUGAUCACGGUCUCGGCAUCCGUGGUGUCGAGCAGUAGCACUAGCGGCGGCAGUAGCCGCUGCCGUGGCGCCGAUCAGCAGCAGCAGCAUUCCGGUGGGUCCCGGCAGCAGCAGCAGCAUGGCGGCGCGGAGUGUUCGGGCCCGGCUUACUUGACGAUUCCGGCGAGCUUGUUACCGGGCCGUACGCACGCUGGCGGCCACACGUCGUCACCUGCGCCCACAACCAGCGGCGGCACCGGAAGCGGGACGGCAGCGGCAGCGACGGCGGCAGGGCGAGCUGGUGCUGGCUCGGCGGCGGCAGCUGCGGGUUUCACCAGCGGGCUGCGGCCGGCAGCGCUGAGUUUUAGCCCUCGCGGCUUGAGCUCCGCCCAAACGCAACCGCAGACAGCAGCAGCUCCGCUGCCUGACUUGCCACAGUUGCUAGGAUCGGGAGUUCGUCCGCCGCCACCGCCGCCAGGUUUCGCACCGCGGCCGCCAAGCGGCAAGCCUUCCCCAGCUUCGACAGUACUAACAUCAGCGGUGGCGGCAACGGUGCCACAGCCGCAGCCGGCGGCAGGCCUGUCAGGCCUUAUGCACGCGGCCUCGGCGGCGGCGGCCACGGCGUCUGCGGGAUCUAGCAGGCCCGGUACCGCCGGUGCGCUGGUGGCGCCGCCGCAGCCGCCGCCGCCGAUGGUCGCCGCCGCCGUCGCUGACCUGGCCACCCCAGAGAUGGAGGACCUGGUGUUGUCGGUGGUGGACCAAGGCCUCGAGGAAAGCGUGGGCGUGGGGGCGUUAGGCGACCGGCUCAUGCUGGGGGGUAGUGAGCGGGUGAACCAGGUCACUGCUCUGAGGAUUGGCGGUACAGGCGCCGCCGGGCAGUUGCACGCGGCUGGCAGCGGCAGCGUCGCCGCCGCCGCGGUGGCCGCUGAAGGCAUCUGGCCGCAGUCCAAUGAGAUGGCGGCAGCAGCGAUGCUGCCGCCAGGCGGCAUGCCGGUCGACGUUCAGCAGCUGACGGCGCGGACAGGUGGGCCCGGGCUGAUGGACUCUUCGGCAGCGGCGGCAGCGGCGGCGGGGUCCCUCCGCAGGAGCCUGGGCGCUGCGCCGGCGGGCCCUAUGGGCUCGGUACCGACCGGCGCAAUUCAUGCCGCAGCGGCGGCGCCGCCCGGAGCCAUCGUCUCGGGCGGUGGGCCCGUUGUCACAGCGCCGUUCCUAGGCACCGGCGUGGCCACUGCAAUGGCUCGUGCCCCGUCAGGUGAACUGGUGGCGGCGCUGGGAAGCCUGAUGGAGCGCAGCAGCUCGCUAGCGGCAACUGCAGGUGCCGCCGGUGACGGUAGCGGCGCUGGCGAGGUCGCAUUGGCAGCCGCGGGGUCGGUCCUAGACGAAGCCAAGGACGCAAGCGGCUGUGUCGCCGCAGCUGCGGCUGCUGCCGCCGGUGGCCUCCUCAGUCGUACGGCGUCUCAUCAGACGUUGUCACGUUACGAUUCAGGCAUGCUCGGGCAGCCAGGUCAUGGUCCCUCCCUGGCGCUGUUCGCCGGAGAUGUGUGGGCUGCUGACGGAGGCGUGGCGGCGAAGGGCGGCCCUGCCGGCGGUGCCGCCGGCGCGGUCGGCGGCAUGGAUGGCGGCGGCAGCGGCGGACCAGACUGGCGCGGGUUGGGUCACGCGGGGACCGACCCCUGGGCCGCCAUGGCGGAGGCACAGCAGCUUCAGCUCUCGCAGGCGAUUGAGGCCCUGGGAAACGGACCCGUCGGCACUGCCGUGGGGGGGUCAAUUUUCAUGCCACCGUGUGGCCCACCGGCGGGGCCGCUGGCGUUUGCGACCGCCGCCGUUGCCGUAGUUGAUGCACCUCAUCAGCCGCUACCGGCGGUGGUGGCGGCGAAGGCGAAGCGGGAGCCACUUCCUGAAUUCCCGGCGUCUCUCUUUGAUGACGACGUUGAUGAGCGGAACCAUCAACGGAUGCUCCAGAACCACCAUAUUGCUAAUAGUCGGGAGCCUGAUGGAGAUGGCCCUGGUAGCGCCGCGGGCGCAGGGCCUGGUGGCGGCGGCGGCGGCGGCGGCGGCAACUCAGCCCCCGGCGGUAUGGUCCCGCUGGUCAGUGGUCCUCUUCCUCCUCCUGCUGCUGCUGCUGCUGCUGCUGCUGCUGCGGGUUCGAUGGGCGGGGUGACGGCAGGGCGUCCGGGCAAUGGCGGUGGCGUUGCAGGUGUUGACGGGACGCCGCCGACGCCGACGCAGCCGACACCAGGCCUUAGUGGCGCGCGGCCGAUGAUGUACGGGGCCGCUGGUCCAGGCGCCAUCACCCCGAUGGGUGCUGGCGUCAUGGGCAUUGGUCAGGUGGGAAUGCCGCCGCAGGUGCCGUACGGCCAUGGUCAGGGAGUGAUGUACUCACCUGGCAUGGGGCCUCAUGCUGCCGCCGCCGCCGCCUUCGGCGCCAGCCACGCUGGCUAUCCCGGCGCUGGAGCAGGUCCGUACGGCGACUGGUACGGCACUGCCCCGGCGGGUCCGUACGGCGGUUUCAGGCCGCCGAUGAUGGUACCUCCCGGCGGCGGCAUGUACAGCAAUCCCGCGCAGGCAGCGGCCAUGCCUGGCGCCCGCGGUGCCGGUAUGAUGCCUCCAGGGAUGGCGGGGCCGCCGCACGGUCCCCAGGCGUCUCCGGCGCCGGGCUCCUUCAGCGGGCCCCCGCACGCUCACUCGCACUCCCACUCCCACUCGCACUCAUCACUUGGUACACAGCCAGCACAGCAGCAAGCCGUUGCGGCCUCGGCAGCGCCGAUUGCGAGCUGGUUCACAGGGCCUGCCGGCAAGGCGGCGGCAAUUGCGCCGCGUGGCGGCGGUGCUGGCGGCGCGAGCUCAGCAGCAGUAGCAGACGCGGCGGCGGCGGCCGGCAGUACUGGAUCAGCUGGUGGCGGUGGUAGUGGUGGUGGCAGUGGUGGUGGUGGUGGUCCCAGCGGAACGGGGUUCAGCGGGAGCGGGAGCGCAAGUAGCGGCGCAAGCAGCGGCGCCGGCAGCGGUGGUGGUGGCGGUGGUGGUCGCCCCGGUGGCCACGGUCGUGGCGGCAAGGGCCGCAGUUCUGCUGUACUACCGGGGCUGUGA